CUCUUUUGGUGCUGAAUGUGUUAUGGGUCUUUCACUUUUAACAAUUGUAUACUUUCUCCUUCUCAUGUCCUCCACACACUGUCUCCAGGUCAUUUGUCUUUCAUCUGGUCUCCUCCCUUCUCUACCUACGCAGCUCUCCUCCCUCUUGACAUGCCCAUACCAUCUCAGACUUUGCCUCAGCGCUCAGAACAUGUCCUCCACACCUCACGUUCUCACCUCAUUUGAUACCCAAUAAGUUAUAAGAGCUGAGUGGCUUGCUUAAAGGAGGUUGGAGUUAGGAGUCGAUGUUACCUUGGAGGGCGGCAAAGUUUAUGGACCUGCUUUUAGUGUGCAAUGACUGUGGCUAAUACUGGUGUUCUUCCUCCUUGUGGUUAUCAUUAUGCACUUUGGGAAGGAAAAGCUAGAGGUGGUUCACUUAUUUGGAGGUAGGAGAGUAUCGAGACCGUCUGAAAUUGAGGUCAUUUGAACAUUUGUUACUCAAAUAUGAUAAGUGCUAGCGGGCAUUGUCAAUAUAAUUUUGCUGCUGAGUAUUAAUGUGAAAAAAAAAAGUUGAAUAUUAUAUUGGAUUUCGUGUAGUGGGUUAAUGUAAGUAAAUACGUGUGCACACAACGGUCAAGGGAAGCUGAUGCCUGCACGUAAUUGUAUACCUGGCACCAUCACCUGAAGUUAUUUGACCAGGAAAGUCUAAGCAAAUAAUAUCACGGUUUUCCUCUUAGACCUGUUGCCAGAUGCUACUUGCCAACGCGUUCACGAGGGUACCGCCAAGAUCUAUAUGGUACUGCUAACAGCUACCGUGAUCCUUGCCCAGACGCCGAGCCCCUGGGGAACAAGGAGUCUAGGGUGUACCCUUGGGCGGAGGUGACUCGGGUGGGAGCAGGGAGUCUAGGGAACGAACAACCUUAGGCGGAGGUGAGGGUCGUGGGGAUACGUGAGCACCUCCGCUGGCUGGUGAAUCUAAUUGAACUUCGCGGUGCUGAUGGGAUGGCGAGGCGUGGCUCAGCCGGCUGGGCGGUGCUGCUGUGCUGGUGGUGGGGGGCGGCGCAGGGCAGGGUGUUCUCGGUGGACGUGGCGUCGUCGCGGGGCGGCGCGUCCCUCGGCGUGUCGUGCCCGCCGCCGCGGGGGUGUGCGUGGCGGGGCUGGAGCAGCUUUGGUCCCGAGGGCAGCGAGGCGGCGCAGCUAGGCGUGCAGGACGGCCUGGCGAUGACGGUGCUGCACGAGGCGACGGGCGACGUGCUGCUGAGGAGGACCUUCAGCACCUGGCACGCCUACACCCACGCCCUGGACCUGCGGUGGUGGCUGGGCAGGCUGAGGGCGGGGCGGGUGGUGGUGUUGGUGGUGCGGAGGGGAGGCACCUACGGGCUAGGGGACGCCCUGCCCACCCUCACCAGCCUGGGCUCCCUGCUGGCCGGCCACGCCCCGCCGCGCGCCCUGCUGGCCUGGGUGUUCGUGGUGGGCGGCUGCACCCUGCUGGAGACCCUGGCGCCUCUCCGUCCUGCUUACAACGACACCCUGUACGCCCACGCCAUGCUGUCCGCCGCCCCCGCCACGCCACUGUUUCCCCCUGGCCUCGUCCCCACUGAGCAGGAGCGUCUCUGUGACUCCCACGCAGCCCUGGGGGCCCUGUGUGACCCUGUCACUCCCUGGGUCAGCCCCAGGCCGGUGAUCCAGAUCGAGCAGGGGAGUGAGGAAGCUGAGGUGGUGGGGGUGGUGGUCUGCGGCGGCGGCAGGUUCCAGUACCUCGCCCACACCCUCACGAGGCUCGUGCAGAACACCGGGCUCACCGCCUCCCAGGUGGUGGUGGCGGUGGACAGAGCCCCCGCCCCCGAGGUGCUGGCGUUGCUGGGGCUGCUGGGGCUGCGCUACAGAGUGGUAGAUGUGCCCCAAGGGGUGCCCUCCGUCAACCACCGUCUGUUCCAGUAUUACCGCGGGGCGUGGACCGCGGGGCUGCUCAGCUUCCCGCGUGCCCGCUACCUGGCCUUCCUGGACGAGGACGUGGAGGUGUCGCCGGACUGGCUGUCGCUGCUGCUGCACCUGGCGCCAGCCCUCGACGCUGACCCCUCCCUGUGGUGCGUCAGCGGGAGUGGCAGCUCCAACCCCAGUCUGUACCGUGACCCGGGUCACGUGGUGCGGGGGUGGCGUCAGCCCGGCUGGGGCUUCCUGCUGCAGGCGGCGGAGGUGUGGGCGGCGGUGGAAUCAUGGCCUGACACAUCGGACGUGUCGGUGCUGUACGACACCUUCCUGCUAAAAACGAUGGCUCGCGGCCGCGAGUGUGUGUUCCCCGUGCUGGGCCGCUCCCGCCACUACGGCGUCGGUGUCAACACGGUGCCGGAGAUCCACCACUUCUACUUCCUGAAGAUACCGCUGCAUGACGGCUCCCCCGCCCCGCUGCCGCCCCCCGAGGCCCUCACCCAGCAGCGGUACGAGGAGGACCUGUGGGCGCGCCUGAGGGCCGCGGAGCCCCUCAAUAGGAACCCCUGCGCCCCAGGCUUCCUCCGAGCCCCCGACAACGGGACAGCCAAGGACCUGGUGUUCUUCUUCUACAUGAAUAACAUUGGCAACUCGCUCGAGUGGACGAUGCUUGCGGAGUGCGUGGGCGCCUGGCCCUACUCCACCCAGGGCCUGCACCGGGGGAGCGUGGAGCUGCCGCAGGCCUGGGGGGGAUCGGUGUGGCUGGUGGGAGUGCCUGCUUCCCCCUACCACGUCCUCAAGCCCUCCGGCGUCAUGGUAUGGAACCCAAUGACGCCUUACCAGAUAAGGCAACAAGCCCGGCAUUUUUCCUCCCUCAGGCCACCCCCGAGCCUUGCCAACAGGACCGUGGACGCCGCCCUCUCGCACCUGUUCCGCCCGUCGCCCACACCCGAGGGGACCACGGCAUAGUUUCCUUGCCCAUGCCUGUUACUGGCUCCCCGAGGUCGCAAAUGCAUUAGUUACCUGUGGCCACCUGGGUCCUGAACUCAUAAGCCCCGAAUGGCAGACUUACAAUGUGGCAUAUUUAGACAUACAUGUGUAGAAGGGUACAGAGGAAGUAUGAUCAAGCAUCCUAAUUCUGUAUAUUUACUGGUGAAGGAAAGUACAAUGUGUCAGGCGUUAGAGGGCAUAUGGCUUGGACGGUUGUGUAAUCUGAAUUUACUGGUGCUAUAAUGGAAACGCUUUUAGCUUUUAGAUUUGAACAUUCGCCUUGCUAUAUGAAUGGUAAAACUUUAUUCACUUAGUUCUUCAUUUUGUAAAGUUUAUAGACUCUUCGUUCUUGAUAGUCUUGAAACAGUUUAGUAAAGGCUACAUAUAUUUACUGGUGCUGGUGGAAACGUAUCUUAAGAUUUUAGCUGUGAAUAUUAGCCUUUUCAUAUAAAUUGUAGAGAUUUAUUCACUUGGUUUCUGUGUUAGACGGUAAUUACGUUUAUAGACGAUUAAUUAGGGAUAUUCUUAAAAUAGUUUAGUAUAUCCUUGAUUUUUAUCGUUUGUAGAUAGCCUGUUCUGCACCUUAUGGAUAUUUUGGUCUAUAUAUAAAAUUUCACUACUAAUAUCUUGUAGAAAUAAACUGCCUAAAAUUAAUAUUCACAAGCACUCAACCACCCACUGUCAUAUUGCAAUGCAUUGUAAAAACACUCUAGAAAUAUAUA